AAAACCUUAGACGCCCCCAACUUCUCACAAGAGCGUCUCCUUCUCGUUCCAUUAUUUUGUCUUUCAAAUCUCUGUUUUCUGAUUUAUGAUUUCUCAAUGAUUAUGACAUGACACAAGUAGGCCUCUGAAAAAAAUUCAGUUACUAUUCUAUCUGGCCUUUCAGCGUUUUCCGGCAAUCCGGCACCGUCCUCCCUUCUUUCUCAAUCGUUUAGUUCUGAAGUUUCUUCUCUGCAAAUAUGAAUGAGAACAUGAAACAUUUUCAAAACAAAUUAACAGAAUUGGAAUUCCAAGCUGAACAUCUUCUUUUAGCACGGCAGCAGCUGGUUGAGAAUGAUAAGUUGAGGAAUGGGAACAGAGAAGCACUUACCGCAUUAAGGAAAAAGGCUCGGACAACAACGAGUAGUGUUCCAUCUCCUUUUGGAUCAAUAAUGAAGGGGGUUUCAGGCACUGGCUCAAGACCUUUGGUGCAAGAGGUGUGUACCACUUGUGGUAACCAUGACUCUUUUGAGCAGACAUGGACGACGUUUCCAGGAACUGAUCUGUUUGUGGGAAUUCCAUUUCAUGCUGCCCAUACUAUAUUGGAAACAGAUCAAGCACAACUUGACUUUGAGGCGAAGAAACUACAGAGCAUUGUGAAGGAUAAAUCAUUUCUUAUAUCAGAGGCAGGUGCUCUCUCCGACAAGAUAAGUCCAGGAGUGCUUAAAUCGCUUGUAACCUUAAAUGACAAACCAAAGUAACAUGCUUUGUGCUGACUAUGGCGUGUUGCAGUGUCUUCUGGAAGAAAAAUAAUAAUUCUCGAGGCAUUUAGGUGGUUAAUUAUCUAGUCAUUCUAUUGAAGACAAGUGAGUAAUUAUCAGGGAUUAUAUCUACCAAUCAGCUUUACAUUUUCUACACGCACCAACCAGUGCAUAAGUUUCUGAGUCACACUAUGUAAAUUAUGAGUUCCGAAGUUUCAGAUGCUACUCAUAAAAAACAUCACACCCUGAUAAAAGGGUACAAAAUUAUGAGUUUUCCAAACUUCUUUUUUGUUUGUAAUCGAGGCUUAUAUUAUUAUAGUGGCGUCUUAUUUAGAUGUGAUUGUCUAUUGA